AAGCACUGUUUAACUUAGUCAGUCCAUGUACAUUAUAUAGUCUAGUGAUUUUUUGGAUAAAAUCAACCGGUCUCCAAGAUAAACUAGGCUUAAAUGGGGAAAUCUUGAAUAUUUGUUGCAGCUUUUAAAAGAUAAGGAGACGCGAGCACUUCGAUAGACGCACCGCCGUCGACCAUAGGUGCAAAUAAUGUACCCGUUGCAAAGGAUCAACUAGUUCGUGCUGCGCCUGUUGAAGGCGGUAUGGGGAUGCAACUUCUUCAGAAGAUGGGUUGGACACCCGGACAAGGUUUGGGCAAAGAAGGAACAGGAACAUUACAACCUCUUCUUUUAGAAGUUAAGUUGGACACAAGAGGCUUAACAUCCAAAGAAGAGGUCAGUAGCAGACAUGGAAAAAGUAUGAAACCCCAACGAUUGGGUCGAAGAGGCUCUGCUCCAUUAGUGGCUGGUGGAAAACAUCCUGUAUCUUUACUCGGAGAAUAUUGCUCAAAACAGAAAUUAGGGCCACCUGAAUAUAACUUAUGUUUUGAGUGUGGUCCUGAUCAUAAAAAAAACUUUCUAUUCAAGGUGAAGGUUGCAGGUGUUGAAUAUCAGCCUGCAGUGGCUAGUGCAAACAAGAAGCAAGCAAAAGCUGAUGCAGCACAACUAGCUCUACAAAAAUUAGGCAUUGCAACUCCAGUCACAAGAACUAGCCAACUGAAGAGACAAUAAUGCGACAGAACCAGGGAGAGAUUAGAGAGACCCAAACCGACAACUUUACAUUCUUUCCAAGGCAAAGGAUUGUAAAACUGCAAAUUGCUAAACUCCAGACUGCUCCUAAAAAUUGCAAGAUUGAAGAACCCAACAACCUAACAAAAGUUUUGUUGGUCGUUAGACCAUUCAUGGAUUUAUUAAAUAAAUUUAUUAAAAUUGA